CUCCUAUCUCGUCUCGUCCAAUGAUCUCUCGUCUCCCACGUGAUCUCCCUGGCCCCCCUCAUCUCUUUUUAUAUAUUUUUUUCUUCCCUCCUCCUACUAUUUAUAUUAAAGCCCCCCGCUCCUUAUGAUCACCUCAUAUAUCUUCACAAUUAGCUAUAUACUCUCUAGCUCUCUGUUCAUUUGAUCCGCCCUUCUUCCCUCUCUCUCUCUCUCUCUCAUUUUAUUCUUCAGCUUUCUCAUGGGUGAGUCCUCGGCUUCAUACAUCAGAAUGGUGCAACACUUGAUCGAGAAGUGCCUCCUCUUCCACAUGAACAAGGAGGAGUGCAUGGAAGCCCUAAACAAGCAUGCAAACAUCAAGCCUGUGAUCACUUCCACAGUAUGGAAAGAGCUCGAGAAGGAGAACAGGGAGUUCUUCGAGGCGUACACACGGGACAGAGCAGAACGAGCGUCAGAAACGGAGACGAAGCAGAGGGUCCAGAGAAUGCUCGAAGAGGCCGCCGCGAGAGAUCCCGACGGCGACGACAAUAACGACUGAGCUAGCUCUAUUUUCUUCAGCCGGCACGUCUCGUAAUUUCAGCGAAAUAGCGAGGGUGGGCAUGUCAACGAAUAAGAUUGUAUGACUCACGUACGUCUCUCUCUAUUUGAUUGGGACCGGGGAUUUGCGUUCUUUAAUGUACAGGUGGCAUUAUGGUAUUUAUUAGCUUGGUUAGUUUAUAGAUUUUUGUUGCUAGCUGGUACCGUUGCACAUUGUAAUUAACUUAAUCGUGCUACUACUUUCUUGCGUUAUUUGCUGAUGAUGACAUAAUUAACGGUCGCUUGCUACUAA